GGCCAAGGUUAGACCCAGAAGUGGGACCGAAGUGAGAUCACGCUGUAGACCUCCGAGAACGGAGUAGGAGGUUAGAAACGAGGCCCUGUCAUAAAGGCUGGAGUGAAACCAAUGUGGAAAAGACUGUAGAAUCCAACAGAAAGGACUGAGGUUGGACCCCAGGGGAGAGCCCCGGGUCUGAGGUUAGACCCAAGUGGAGAGCUCUGGGUCAGGUUAGACCCCGGUGGGAAAAUACAGAGCUUAAGCCUCAGAGGAAAGGAUAUGGGGGGGAAGGACUAUCGUGGGGAAGCUAUGGUCAAAUUGCAGCAGAGGGUUUGAGGCUAGACGCCCCCCCUGCCCCCGGAUGAAUAAUGCUGAGGUUGGACCCUCACAAAUUACUGUGGUUAGACCUCCCCAGCAGAAAGCAAGUGAGUUUAGAUCCCCUGAGAUGAGACCCAGGAGGCAAAGACCUGGGGCUUGCCAUGUUGGAAAGGACAAAGGUUAGACAUGAUUGAAAAGCCCCGGAGAUCCAGGGACCAGGGAGUUUGAGGCGGAGGGGUGCUGACUUCCCUGGCCACCGCUCUGCCGGCUGUAUGAAUUGCCUCUCCUGUGUCCCCUUCUACAGCAAGGUGGGGGAAUCAGGGACCUGGAUCUCGGGGACCAGCAGAGGGCCGGACCGGAAGAGCUCUUGCCCUCCCCCACUGCAGGCCAGGAAUAGACUCUGGGGCAGGACAGUUGGGGAAUGAUUCCUGAGGGGGAUCCGGGCUGGUGGGGAGGGUGGGCCCUUUCCUCCCCGUGGCAGGGUUUGGGUGGGACUCCCGCUUCCUGGGGCCCCAGGGGCAGGCACCACAGUCCCGGCCAUCCGUACCACCUCCUACCACGGAAGCCCACCCAACAGUCUGACCACCCACGCCGGCCGUGAAGACCCAAGCCCCCGGGUAGGUUUUUAGGAGGCAGGAGCCCCACCGGCUCUUGGCCGCUCUCGCCGUCUCCCGGAACCCAGGCCCAAGCGUGGGAAACGGCCGGGAGCUGCGUUGGCUCCCUCGUCCCCUGGCAGCCUGCCCAAGGGGUGUCCAGCCUGGACUGGCGGUGGGCACCGAUCGUUGGCAGGAGCGAGGUCUCCUCCCUCCUGCUGCCCGCCUGCCGAGGCGGAGAGCUGCCAUCCCCUCCCGUCCUAGGCAGGAGUGGACCGCGGUAUGGAAUUGAAGUGAGCAUAGUUCGUGAUGGCAGGGGUCUGUGAGGCGUGUGCGCCCCUGUGUGCCCGCUUCAGCACUCGCGAUUUUGUGCCUGCAGGAGCCUGGGACGCUCGCCUGGUCCUUUGCGGUUUCCUUUCUGACUUCUUACUUGCUCCUCAGCGCGGGGCAGCACGCGGUGUGGUGGCUUAAGGGUGUUGGAGCCUGGAGCCAUGCUUGGCCGCUCUGUGCCUCAGUUUCCCCAUCUGCAAACCGAGGCCGGCCGCAGCGACUUCGCAGGGCCGUUAGGAGGACUAGCGGUGUCAAGGCAGGGCAAUCACUUAAGGAGAAAAUUUGCAACACCGCACGGCACGUGUAAGGGGCACUUUGAAUGGCAGCUGCUGUUACUAUUAUUGAUGGGUGUGCCUUUGUGGUUGUUGCCGGCUUGCUUUGCGAGGUUAUAGGUCAGCAGGCGCGGCAUGUGAUUUUGGAUCUAACUCUGGCUAAACAUUCUUGCCCUCCCCCCCGCCUCCCCGGUUCUGUGAGCCUGUAACUAUUUGUAGCUGUUUUUUUGCCUCUUCGGCCCUUGUAGGGAUCAGUGUGUGUUGGGGAGGGCAAGGAUGCUUGUGAAUGACCCUCGGCACCCCACCUACCGCGCACACUCUCUCACACACACACACACACACACACACACACACACACACACACACACACACACGCGCGUCUGCCGCUGUCCCCUGCCUGUAGUGCUGAACCUGCAGGGUGGGUGGGAGGCUUGGGCUCCCCCCAACCUCCUCUCUCCAGGCCCCUCCCCAAGCCUCCCCCGCCUGUCGCCUGCCUCCCUUCUCCCCGCCUCCUCCUCCUCCCCUCCCUCUCCGGCUCCUCCUCCCUCCCAGCACUCUCCCCCGUCCCUCCUCCUCCCUCUCUCCUGACUCCCCCUCCCCCGUGUCCCUCCCCCCUCUUCCUCUCCUCCUUCUAUCCCCUCUCCCUCCCCUCCUCCCCGGCUCUCCCUCUCAGUCUCCAGCUUCUCUCUCUCUCUCUCUCUGUCUGUCUGUCUCUCUCUCUUUCCCUCUCGGUCGGGCGGAGGUGCCCACCACCGCCAGCCCAGUGCUAGGGGGACCCAGUCCAGGCUGUAGCUGCAGGACCCGACACCCUCCAUGGCUCCCCUGGCCUUAGUGGGGUUUGCACUCCUCCUGGGGACGGCCCCGUGCUCGGGGGCGGCCACCCCCACCCCCUCCCUGCCACCUCCCCCGGCCAAUGACAGCGAUGCCAGCACAGGGGGCUGCCAGGGCUCCAACCGUUGCCAGCCGGGGGUCCUGCUGCCCGUUUGGGAGCCUGAUGACCCGUCGCUGGGUGACAAAGCGGCGCGGGCCGUGGUCUACUUCGUGGCCAUGGUUUACAUGUUCCUGGGCGUGUCCAUCAUCGCCGACCGCUUCAUGGCGUCCAUCGAGGUCAUCACGUCCAAGGAGAAGGAGAUCACCAUCACCAAGGCCAACGGCGAGACCAGCGUGGGCACUGUCCGCAUCUGGAACGAGACCGUGUCCAACCUCACGCUCAUGGCCCUAGGCUCCUCAGCCCCCGAGAUCCUGCUGUCGGUCAUCGAGGUCUGUGGCCACAACUUCCAGGCGGGCGAGCUGGGCCCAGGCACCAUCGUGGGCAGCGCCGCCUUCAACAUGUUUGUGGUCAUUGCUGUGUGCAUCUACGUCAUCCCAGCCGGCGAGAGCCGUAAGAUCAAGCACUUGAGAGUCUUCUUCGUCACUGCCUCUUGGAGUAUCUUCGCCUACGUCUGGCUUUAUCUUAUCCUUGCCGUCUUUUCCCCCGGCGUGGUCCAGGUGUGGGAGGCGCUGCUGACCCUCGUCUUCUUCCCGGUGUGCGUGGUGUUCGCCUGGAUGGCCGACAAGCGGCUGCUCUUCUACAAGUACGUGUACAAGCGCUACCGCACCGACCCGCGCAGCGGCAUCAUCAUCGGCGCCGAGGGCGACCCCCCCAAGAGCAUCGAGCUGGACGGCACGUUCGUGGGCGCCGAGGUGCCGGGCGAGCCGGGCGGCCCGGGCCCCGGCCCCGCCGAGGCCCGCGAGCUGGACGCCAGCCGCCGCGAGGUCAUCCAGAUCCUCAAGGACCUGAAGCAGAAGCACCCGGACAAGGACCUGGAGCAGCUGGUGGGCAUCGCCAACUACUACGCGCUGCUGCACCAGCAGAAGAGCCGCGCCUUCUACCGCAUCCAGGCCACGCGGCUGAUGACGGGCGCCGGCAACGUGCUGCGGCGACACGCGGCGGACGCCUCGCGCCGCGCCUCCCCGGCCGACGGCCCCGGCGAGGACGAGGACGAGGGCGCCAGCCGCAUCUUCUUCGAGCCCAGCCUCUACCACUGCCUGGAGAACUGCGGCUCCGUGCUGCUGUCCGUCACCUGCCAGGGCGGGGAGGGCAACAGCACCUUCUACGUGGACUACCGCACCGAGGACGGCUCCGCCAAGGCCGGCUCCGACUACGAGUACAGCGAGGGCACGCUGGUGUUCAAGCCGGGCGAGACACAGAAGGAGCUGCGCAUCGGCAUCAUCGACGACGACAUCUUCGAGGAGGACGAACACUUCUUCGUGCGGCUGCUGAACCUGCGCGUGGGCGACGCGCAGGGCAUGUUCGAGCCCGACGGCGGCGGGCGGCCGAAGGGACGGCUGGUGGCGCCACUGCUGGCCACCGUCACCAUCCUGGACGACGACCACGCGGGCAUCUUCUCCUUCCAGGACCGCCUGCUGCACGUGAGCGAGUGCAUGGGCACCGUGGACGUGCGCGUCGUGCGCAGCUCGGGCGCGCGGGGCACCGUGCGCCUUCCGUACCGCACCGUGGACGGCACGGCGCGCGGCGGCGGCGUGCACUACGAGGACGCGUGCGGCGAGCUCGAGUUCGGCGACGACGAGACCAUGAAAACUCUUCAGGUAAAGAUAGUUGAUGACGAGGAAUAUGAGAAAAAGGAUAAUUUCUUCAUCGAGCUGGGCCAGCCACAGUGGCUUAAGCGAGGGAUUUCAGCUCUGCUGCUCAGUCAAGGGGAUGGGGACAGGAAGCUGACAGCCGAGGAGGAGGAGGCUCGGAGGAUAGCAGAGAUGGGCAAACCAGUUCUUGGGGAAAACCGCCGACUGGAGGUCAUCAUCGAGGAGUCAUAUGAUUUUAAGAACACGGUGGAUAAACUCAUCAAGAAAACCAACUUGGCCUUGGUGAUUGGGACCCAUUCAUGGAGGGAACAGUUUUUAGAGGCAGUUACAGUGAGCGCAGGUGCUCUUUGCCUGCGUGCCCCCCACGGAGUACUGCCACGGCUGGGCCUGCUUCGGUGUCUGCAUCCUGGUCAUCGGCCUGCUCACCGCCCUCAUCGGGGACCUUGCCUCGCAUUUUGGCUGCACCGUCGGCCUCAAGGACUCUGUCAACGCCGUAGUCUUCGUGGCCCUGGGCACAUCCAUUCCCGACACGUUCGCCAGCAAGGUGGCGGCGCUGCAGGACCAGUGCGCGGACGCGUCCAUCGGCAACGUGACGGGCUCCAACGCGGUGAACGUGUUCCUGGGCCUGGGCGUGGCCUGGUCGGUGGCCGCCGUGUACUGGGCGGUGCAGGGCCGCCCGUUCGAGGUGCGCACAGGCACGCUGGCCUUCUCCGUCACUCUCUUCACCGUCUUCGCCUUCGUGGGCAUCGCCGUGCUGCUGUACCGGCGCCGGCCGCACAUCGGCGGCGAGCUGGGCGGCCCGCGGGGCCCCAAGCUCGCCACCACGGCGCUCUUCCUGGGCCUCUGGUUCCUGUACAUCCUCUUCGCCAGCCUCGAGGCUUACUGCCACAUCCGGGGCUUCUAGGCCCCCCCUCCCCCUCCCCCAGAGACUCGGCUGCCCCUGCUUCGGACCCGCGUCUCCUUUUGUCCUCCAGAGAGAUUCGGCCUCCUCUCUCCUGGGACUCAGCCUCCCUUCCUCCUGGGAAUUAAUAUCCCUGCCCUCCGUCCCCACUAACAUCCUCGUCCCGUCCCCUCGGGGGUCUCCCCGAGAUACCCACAACUGCCGCCCAGCCCUGGUAGCCACUGUCCGCACCCCCGGGGACAUUGCCACCUCGAGGCCCCUCCCCAGAGAACCGCCCCCAACCCCUCGACCUUCUAGAGAAUCUGUAACAUCUGUCUCCCUCCACACCCAGCCUUGCCCUAUCCCUUAAGGCCCCCUUCCUCUAGAGGACGCCCCCCCCCCCCCACCGCCACCACCGCCAGGGACCUGUGCCCCAGAGCCUCCGAACCCAGACCUCCCUGGGGGACCUUUGAAGGAGGCUGAUCCAUCCCAGGAUGUCCCUGAUCUCGGCCCUUCUCCCCAACCCUCAGGGAGCUCUGUUCAGCCCCCGAGGGUGGGGCGGAGGCACAGGUAGGUGCGUGCAAAAGGGGGCCACGCCUUCCCUGAUUUCUCCACUCAGGCCCUUGGGAGGACACUAAUUCUCGAGGCUUGGAGAAGGGAGGGGAGAAGUGUGGGGUUUCAGAGCUGGAAGAGGCGCAUUUGAACCUGCAACUUCUCACAUUCCAGCGCUCCCACUCGCCUCCACUACCUCCUAGAGCCCAGCCACACCUUGGAGGGGGGGGGCCCUGUGUGUAUAUAUAGUGUGUUUGGGGGAGGGGGGGCACGGGAGGGUGCAUGUCUUGGGGAAAGGGGGUGACAGACUUUCCUUUUGCGAGGGCAGCAGACUCCCCCAGCCAUGAGAACUGGCUUUGGGGAGGAGGCCGGGAAUCGAAGGGAGUCCAGCGAUCUCCCCUGACAAUCUAGAAGGCUCAUUUUGCCCUCAGUGCCAGCCAAUCCGGGCAGGACCCUCGAAGAGGAGACCGAGGGUCCCAGAGGACCAAUGCUACAAGCCAGCAAAUGCUGCCACAUCUCUGCCUGAUGGGGAGCAGGGGUGGGUGGGUGGGAGGGUGGGACUGGGGCCAGGGGGUCUGGGUGGGCAUUUUUAACCUUGGAGGCCACCCAUCUGUUGGUAGGCCAUCUGCAUUUUCUUACCGUUGUUUCCUGCCCAAAGGACACACUUGGGGUGUGCGGAGUGCUGCCCACUUCUUGGGACCCUGAGGAUCACCCUGCAACCCCCGUAACACCCUGCUUCCCACAGGUUUUUAGCGUCCUAUCGUCCUGUUGUGCAUCACCCCAACAUCCCAGACCUGUUACCCACUCCCCUUUCUCUACUCCUAGCUCAUCAGCACCGGUCGUUGUCUCUUCUCUGUGAUUUCUGUACAAGUUGCCAUAAAACUUUGAAAUUCUGCCUGAAACAAAACAAAACAAAACAGCCUUCUCGCGAGGAGUUGGGAUUCUAGAGGAGGGAGCUCAUGAGGUCUCUGACUGGGAUUUGGGCAACUGUGAAAUAGACCAGGUACUCUGGGUCUUUCCAUGCAGGACACCCACGGGCACCAGCCACUCCCAAAAGUUCACACCAGCUUCCCGUAGCCACGCCCCCAUUCGCCACCCAGUUUGCCUCGCCACGCCCCCACUCCUCGCCCCGGGAGCUUUCCUAGCCACGCCCCCAUUCCAGCAGCCACCAACUAUUCCCUUUCACUGAGCAUCUUGGGAACACAAAAGAGGAGGACCCAGAUUUGCCUGAUCAGAGGAGCUGGGGUUGAUGGGAGUUUCCCGAAUAAAGCGAGUAAUUUUCUCAGAAUCCUGA